ACUUCACAGUUGUAAACUUUGAAACGAACUUUAGUUUCUGUAAAUUUGAAUUCUGUUUAUAACGAGUGAUUGAAGUGAAUUUUUAGAUGUUAUUUAUUGUUGCAAAGCAAAAACAUGGAUAAUCCUCUUACUCCAAAUAAAAUACAAAGGUUGAUGCACUUGGCGGAAGAUAAAUCAUUCAAUUUACCAAGGCGUUUGGCACUAAACGAAGAAAACUUAAGUAGUCUCACACCAAGCCUGACAACGUUUAAUAAAACUGGGACGAAUUAUGAAUCUUCUUCCGGCAUAUUGGACUUGGAUAAAGUUGAGGGUUUUGGUGAGUCUGGCAUUGGGAACAUGUCCCUGAGUAAAUCAUCCGUCUUCAACCCUGGAGAAAUGACUGGGAGGUCAACAGGUACAGAGGAAGUUGAUGUCCAACAGGCUAUGUUGGGUUCGGCUCGUGCUUUCGAGGAGUACGGAAGACACUCUGUGGCCUUGGACAGCAUAACCAGCCACAUGGACAAACAAACAUCAGAGAUUAAUGAUAUAAUGAGACAUUCAAUAGCUACAAAUUAUUCAUUCCAUUCUAAAAGGGACCUGACAGCUGAUGAAGCUUCUUUAGUGAUGAGAGAAGCACCACUGCCCAUACAACACAGCACACAGGCAAACUUCCAUGAGAGCGCUUUAUUGAGCACCUCAAAUGUAUCAGUAGGCGCUUAUUUUAAGAACAGAUGUCCAGACUUUGGGAGAAUACUGAACAAUGUCGAUAGUCCUGAUAGGCGCAGUGUCGCUGACACAUCAAAUGUGUAUGAUGAAAGCCAAAACAUUCCAAAUCAAUCAUACCAAAUGGAUCAAUCUUUAGACUGUGUACCUGUGAGGCAGCCGCGGAGCACAGAAACAAUUCCACCACCAACACAAUUUAAUAUGCCAUACAAUAAACCUGAUUUUGCCAUACCGAAAAAUCCACAGGGACAGUCAAGUGUGUACACAAAAAGUAAAGAAACAAAUAAUGAGAGUGCAAUCAAAGAGAAGUCCAUGUCCGUCAAGAAACCAUUCAUGACAUCAACAAAACCUGCGGAUGUUUUGUUAAGGAACCUACACACCUCAAUGCGGACACCGGCUGAAGACACUGAAUAUUCUAUGGAGAACUCUCUGAGCCUGUCCAAAAUUGCUGAUUAUUUAGGUAAGCAAUCAAAUGUAAGUGUAACAGACUUACUGCAACUGAAUAAACAAGCGAAAAACAACAAGAAAAAACCACUAACAGAAAUCAACGUCAACACAAUGGAAAACAAACAAAACGAAGAGGUAUAUGUCGCAAAAUUGAAAGAUUCAAAGAGCUGUGAGAUGGCUAGCUCGUCAGGUUCCAUGAAUACUGUACUCUACAUGGAUAAAUUGAAAAUUAAUGAAGCAAACAACAUCCCAGCCGUAGUAGUAACGAGAGAUUCUAAUAGCACCAGCAGUAGUAAGAGGGAGCAAAAGUCACAUAGAAUGAACCGAUCAAACUCUCCGUCAAGCAAGAGUUGUUCGACCCUCAGUACCGUACAAGAGAACAAAAUGAGCAUCAAAUCUGGAGACAGUCCUAUCAAUAAUAACACUAGUAGAGGCAAAACAUCUAUUCCCUCCCCAAACCUCGAUUACAAAGAGUUAGAUAAAUCAGUAGUUUGGCAUGAGGUGUUACAACAAAAGCAGUUUAGAGAAGAUAGCUUUGCUAAAGAACAAUGGGCGGACAUUAUUACUACACCAGUUGAAGGCUACGUCGGUGUCAGCAACACAGUCACAAUUACCGUCACCACAUUAUCUGACAGUUGGUUAACUGCUAGACUGGAGUUUGAUAAGUCAAACAAGGAUGUUAUAAUCGAACUGCCAAGAUUACCACUAUUACUGUCCCCGGGAAAAACAGAGAAGUUUACUCUGCAACUCACAUCUAACAUAGAACUGCACGAAAAUCUUCCAUUCAGUUUGUAUAUGAAAGAUGCUGCAGUGGAUAACGAUAUAAAGCAGGCAGGAAAGCUUCAAGUUGAUAUCAAAAUGCCAACCGUUCAAGCCAUAUCUAGCGACGGUGUGAAUGCCUUAACAUACCCACCGAUUAAAGAAAGGUCUUCGUCUACCAAGUAUUUUGUUCUCAUAAGUGACUGCCCAGUGGACUUGCAACUAGAAUUGUUUAUUGCUGAAGGAGAGAGCAUGUUUUCUAUGAAGUCAGUCCAAGAGAUAAGGAAGACUGACGUCAGUAAGGCGUUAAUGGAUCGUCAAGUGGAAGAAAGUAAACACAAAUCUAAGGGAAUGAAUAGACAGCUGUGUAGACUGAGCAGUGGGAACGCGAUUAAAGUUAUGGUCACGUUUACCGCGCCGAAAUUGUCAGAUUUAAAUCUAUCUGAUAAAAUGGUGACAUUCAAAGGCUCACUCCAUGUAAACAUGAUCGGCAUCAAGUGUCUGAUGAAGAAGGUGGGUCUGGAGGCCACUGUCGGCACCUCCAGCCUCGUCAUACAGAUACCCGGCAGCAAACUACAACUUACUAAUGAACCGACGACAAUAAGUUUAUCCAACACGGGUUCUAUACCUGGCGUGUGGAAUAUAAAGUUUAAAGGUGUAACCGGGAGUGAUGGCAGUUUCCCUUUCAAAGUGUCAGCUGUGUGUCUAGACAUCAGGCCAGGGGCGUCCAAGGAGUUGAGCCUCAUGUACACUGGACCACCGGACUCACAAAAUGAAGGCAUAUUAAUUUUGGAAGAUGCUUCCAAUGGUAGUAAAACGACAAUUGAAAUCUGCGGAGGAAGCGAUAAACUUAAAACAUUCCCGAUCAAAACAAACUACAACAAUAUGUCCUGGGUCCGAUCAGAAAGGAAGGAGCUAAGUUUGAAAAACUCCAUAAACAAGAAAAUUCAUUUGAGAUGUCAGAUCGUGGGUGAAGGAUUCUCGGUAGAUUUGCCCGGAGUUGAUCCGAGGGGAACUUUCAUACUUACUUUUGCCCCGUUUGAAUGUAGACCACUACCGAUACUGUUUUCGCCAAACACAAAUGAUCCCUGCGCUGCUGCUUUGCAUUUGGUCUUCGAUAAGAACAGCGAUUUUUCUAGAAAGAUAAAACUGCACGGUUGUGCGGGCGACGGCGGCGUCCGCUGGUCGGGUCUCGUGACGUACGGCGACACGGCGCUCGUGCGGGCCGUCGCCGGCGCGCCCGUCUCUCUCGCCGUGUACAACCGAGCGCGCGCCCCCGCCUUCCUCGCUGCUAGGACGCACUUUAAUUUGCAAUACCGCUGGGUGGGUUCCCAGUGCACACUGUCCGGCGCGCGGCGCGUGAUCGGGGCCGGUGGGCGGGCGGCGAUCACGAUGGGCGUGCCAUGGGCGCGGCUCCAGCGGCGACGGUCGGCGACCACGGCGCUGGCGACCGUCACGCUCAUUACUGGCGCCGAGAUGACGCGUCGGAGGAUAUUGAGAAUAAUCAGAGAUGAAUCAACGGGAAGGCUGGACACUUCCCUGCUGCCAGACCACUUGAAGGUGUUGGCGGAGAACUUCGAUGGAGAAGAUUUGGCCAUGGACGAUACUAUCAGCAGUUUUAGCGAAACAAAGGCCUCGUUGAACGAGCUAUUCGACAGCAUCCAGGAGCUGACAGCGCAAAUUGAUCUCCCACAGGAACUCGCAGACGAAAACAACACCAUCAUCAUAAGCGACGACACUGUAGUCGAGCAUCAUACUCUCUGUGAUUAAUUUAUGAAAAACUUUUUUACCUGAGGACUGAAUCUGCAUGUAUUAUAUUACGUACUUAAAAUAUUAUUUUUAUCGAAUAAAUGUUUAAUCUCUU